AUGUCAUCUAAUCAAACCUAUCAAUUUGUUAUGGACAAGCACAAUGCCCUCUUGAAUUCCGAGUCUAUUAGCUGUACCCCCAUGGAAGAUGUCCUCCCUUUUCACGCUGAUAAUGAUAUUCAAGAUCUCCAAAUUAGAGUUCAACGUCCUCAGCCCGAUAAUCAGUUACUUACCAGUGCAUCAAUGGAAUGGUCUAAAAAGGAACAACCAUCUCUGGCCAGUCGCCUUUUUAAAACUGGCUACCGCAAAUAUACCGAAGAGCAGAUUAAUAGUCUCCUUUAUAGAUGCUUAGUUGAAGGAGAAAUCGCUGCACAUGUUGCCAGAGAUAUUGGGAUCAAGGAGCGAACUGCACAAGAUUAUGUGCUCAAGGACCAGAAAGCUUGUCGAAGAAGAAAGAAUUGUAGAGAUUACGGAGGUAAAUAGUGACGAAGAACAAGCUGAGCCCACCGUCCCUACUGUACCAAAAGAAAGAAAGUGUGGUAAUCAGAAGCUCUUUAAAGCUCAUACAAAGUUCUUUUUGGA